AAUAAUAAUAAAAAAAAGUCUGGAAAACAGGUAGUGUUUGUAGACUAAGCCAUCUCUUUCAAAAGUCCACCCAUCUUCCUUCUUCCUUUGUUCUUCACACAACCAAACAAAUAAACAUUCAAAAUUGAAACAAGACUAAAUCUGAAAGGUUAUCAUAUCAUCAUUUAUUCCAUGGAAACAUAAAUUAAAAAUAAAAAUGGGAAACUGCAUAAAAGGUACAGGUGGUGGUGUAGAUGUAAAUUCCAACAUAUCUGCCAAUCCAAGCACACCCACCAAACCUUCUUCUACUAUAGGGACAUCAAGUAGUGUUGGGAUUUCUGGGAUUAGUACUUCUAGUGGUAGUAAUAUAAGUAUUUCACCAAAUGGUGGUGAGGUAUUGUCUGCGGCAGAUUUGAAAGUUUAUACAUAUUCAGACUUGAAGGCUUGUACUAAAAACUUUAAAUCAGACAUGGUUCUUGGUGUAGGCGGUUUUGGGACCGUUUACAAAGGCUGGGUUGACGAAAAAACAAUGUUGCCUUCUAAGACAGGUGCCACCACCGGAACCUUGGUUGCUAUUAAAAAAUUGAAUCAUGAAAGUGUUCAAGGAUUUCAAGAAUGGCAGUCAGAGGUAAACUUUUUGGGACGACUUUGUCAUCCUAACUUGGUGAAGCUACUUGGGUACUGUAGGGAGGAUAAAGACCUUCUACUUGUCUAUGAAUUCAUGCAGAAGGGAAGUUUAGAAAAUCAUCUCUUUAGACGAGGUUCUGCGGUUCAACCAAUUUCUUGGGCUCUACGGCUCAAAAUAGCCAUAGGUGCAGCUAGGGGACUAGCUUUUUUACACAGUUCAGAUGACAAUGUAAUUUACAGAGAUAUUAAGGCCUCGAAUAUAUUGCUUGAUGGGAACUACAACGCAAAAAUUUCAGAUUUUGGGUUGGCGAAAUUGGGUCCUUCAGGUGGAAUGUCACACGUAACAACAAGGAUCAUGGGGACAUACGGGUAUGCUGCUCCUGAGUACAUUGCUACAGGGCAUUUAUAUGUGAAGAGUGACGUUUAUGGUUUUGGCGUUGUGCUGUUGGAAAUGAUGACCGGAUUACGAGCACUUGACACGAGAAGACCUGGUCCACAACACAACUUAGUGGAUUGGGCUAAGCCGUUGCUCCCAAACAGGAAGAAGAUAAAGAUGUUAAUGGAUUCAAAAAUUGAUGGUCAAUAUUCUAGUAAAGCUGCAAUGCUAUUCGCUCAACUCAUCCUUCAUUGCCUGGAACAGGAACCACGAAAACGGCCUGACAUGAAACAAGUGGUGGAUAUUCUGGAGCAGAUUAAUGCAAUGAGGGGGAAACCCAAACUGAUAGCCUAAAGUUUACUCAUACAUCUUUUCGCUUUUAUAUGGUAGCAUGAGCUAUUUUAUCAGUUUUCUAUCUGAUUAAAGUUUUGGGUUAUGAUCACGGCAGCUGAAAACAAAAUCCACCGUGAUGUUAUAUUGGGUGUUACAUCUUUUGCUCACGGUGUUCGAUAAUUCUAUUGUCAAUAUAUAUAUUUUUUGAAUUCUUCUGUUUUUUUAGAUGUGUUCGCUUUAAAAUCCGAUAUUGUUUUGUAUAUUUUUAAUCUAAAAUUAACAAAAAUGAUUGUUUUUUAUAUAGUAUUUAUUACUUUA